CCACUUUCAUAUGUGGUACACUGAGACGUAUACGUAUUCAUAUCUCCUUCGUACUCUACGUAUGUAUUAAGUAUAUGCUCCAGUCUAUUUUUUUCCAACGUGAAUAAAACCACAUACAACAACGAAUAAACAACUAAGGGCAUUGUAAACAUCAUUGCACGAAUAUAUUUGUCUUCGUCUGCUACUACUGGGUAUAGUUUGUGACUGGCUUUGUCUAAUUUCCACAAUGGAGUAUAAACUUAUCACAGAAGAUCGUUACGAUGAUGUCAUACGACAUUUAAGAGACAAUUUCUUUGCCGAUGAACCUUUAAACAAAGCUGCUGGCUUAUGCCAACGUGGUUUUGGAAAUCGUGAUCUAGAACAUCAUAGUUUGGAAACAUUAGAGGAUAAUUUAAGUUUUAUGGCUGUGGCAGACAACAAUCAGAUUGCUGGAGUCAUCUUAAAUGGCAUUUUGCGUCCAGGUGAUAUUUUAACAUCACAAAAGAAACUAGAAUUGAAUGACGAUGUGAAAUUUAAGAAAAUAUUCCAACUUUUAUAUACCCUCAAUCUUAAAGAAGACAUAUUUCAAAGAUUCAAUGUGGACAAGGCAUUUGAUUUGCGUAUAUUAUCAGUGGAUGGUCAGUAUCGAGGCCAAGGUAUAGCCAAACAUUUGGUGAGGCAUAGUGAGGAUUUAGCCAAAGAAUAUGGAUAUAAGAUCAUGAAGGCCGAUGCCACUGGCAUUUUCUCCCAAAAGAUUUUAAAAUCCCAUGGCUUUGAGGUACUGCUGGAACAGUAUUACGAUAAGUAUGUUGAUGAAUUUGGCCAACCUGUGUUGAAUGUGGAAUCUCCCCACAUUAAGUUACAGUUGCUUUAUAAAUUACUGGACUAAAUUAAGAAAUGAAGAAAAAUCUCUAACCUAACCUAAGAUUUUUUUACAAAUGUUUCCUUUUGUGAAGGCAAAACCUUAAUGCUAAAUGCUACUUUAUAUAUUUUUUUUACAUCCACCAAAGAAUAAGGUUCCUGAGACCAAAUAUUUUGAUCAUAGCUAGUAGCAUGAGAGAAAAAAAAAACCAUUGUCCACACAUGCGACCACAAGCGUAUUUUUUUCUAAUUUUAAGACAAUAAAACGAAUAUACUAAACUAUACAAAAACAAUAAUUACCAUUUAUGUAUUUAUAUAUACAUAAGUAUAUUUAUGAAAUGUUUAAGCCCAUACCUAUAUGUAUGUACGUAGUUAAGCUCAAUGCACUCAAUGCAGUAUAUUUAGUAUAGCCCAAGACGCAAACAGGAAUAUAUAAGAAUUUGAACGUGAGUUAAUAUAUACAAUAUAUACAUGGCAUAAGUUUAUUUUGUAUGUAUGUUUGUAAUGUGUUUUAGAAAACCAAUCAAAAAUAUAAAAAAUAAAAUUUAAUCAAAAUAUUGAAGAACUAUAA